AUGGAAACUAAUACGAAUAAAACUCAAACAAUUUUAAUUGUUGGUGCUGGUAUAGGUGGACUUUGCACUUAUCAGUCAAUUCGAAAACAUCUCGGUCAGAAAUUUAAUGUCAAGGUAUUCGAUCGUGAGACUGGUCCAAGAGAGAGAUGGCAAGGAUAUAACAUUUACAUUAAUAGAAAAGGUGUUACCUCUUUAUUCUAUUGUAGUCCACCUGAAGUUCAGGCUCGCUUUCAUGAAGCCAUGCCUGAUUCAGCUCCUGAAGAACAUCAUACUAUAUCAAUUGUUGAUCAUGUUGGAAGACAAUUACUUUUUGUACCGCAACUAAAAUAUAAGAACAUCUAUGAAAUAGAGCCUCUUAAACAUGAUUUUGCUGGUGUAAUUACAUAUCGUAAUAGAUUACGCGAUGUUUUGUUGGAAGGUGUUAAUAUCCAAUGGG